UAAAUGCACCAUACUUUUUGUUGCUAAUGCAAAUGUUGCUGCAACAUGCGCUGCAAUUUUUUAAUACACAACGACGACCAACACCGCGCUGGCAGCAACACAAGCAACGACAUCAACAUCAGCAGCAACAGCAGCAGCUGCAACGCAUUGUUAUUGUAUGCAGCAUAAUCAGUUUGCUAAAUGUGGCAGCAACGGCAACAGCAGCAGCAGCUGAGCCCUCAACGGAAGAGUUUGAGCGCAGUCUGGAAGCGUUGACGCGUUCAGUGCGCAGCGCCGACGUCAGCCAAAGCCACAGCAACGCCAGCAAUGCAAUUGAUAAGUUCGCCAGCAGCAGCAACAGCAGCAGCAGCCACAGCAGCAUUAACUUUAAUACAAAACCACGAAUGUUGCCCAAUCAAACGCCCUGCAAAUCAAUUGAUGUGCGCAAUAAAAUCGCCAAUAUGGAAAAGCUCGCAAACUGCACAGUCAUUGAGGGAUUCCUAAUGAUAACGCUGAUCAACGAUGCGGACAAACUGAAUCGCAGUUAUCCACUGCUUACCGAAGUCACAGGCUAUGUUAUUGUAUUUCGCGUACAGAAUCUAAAAUCGUUGAGCGAUAUAUUUCCCAAUUUGAAUGUCAUACGCGGCAACAUUUUAUUCGAGGGCUAUGCUUUAAUAUUCUAUUCGAAUCGAGAUAUGCAGAAUAUUGGACUUGGCAAUUUGCGUGCCAUAUCAAAUGGCGGCGUGCGCAUAGAGAAAAACUAUUAUCUAUGCUAUGUGCACACAGUAAAUUGGCGCCAGAUACUGCCAGCGAAUGCUACGGACGCGGAUAUCGUAAUCAAAUAUAAUCGCAACAAGGACGAGUGCAAUCAAUGCCCCAGCGAAACGGAGAGCGGCACAUGCCGCGAGCAAAACGAUGGCAGACGCUACUGCUGGAGCAGCAAGGCGUGCCAGACAAUUUGUCCUGCCAGAUGCCGACGCAACUGCAUUGAUGAGAACACCUGCUGCGAUGAAAACUGCUUGGGCAGCUGCAGCAGAGCAACAGCAAACGGCGCCAGCAAUUGCAUUUCAUGUCGCAAUGUUUCCAUGGCGCAUCAGGGCAACGAACAUUGCAUUGAUGCGUGUCCUGCAGGCACAUUUCUGUACGAACAACGCUGCAUUACGGCCGCUCAGUGUGAGAAUCUGGACAUGAUAUUCGUCAACACCAAGGAAGUGAAGCUGGUGCACAACAAUGGCAAGUGCACUACCCGUUGCGACAAAGGAUUUGCCGUCAGCAGCAAUCACACCUGCCAGAAAUGCGAUGGACGCUGCGAGCGCUGGUGCGAAGGCGGCGUCAUCGACAGCCUGGUGCAGGCAAAGGAAUAUCAAGGCUGCACCAUCAUAGGCAAUCGCAAGGGACUCACCAUAAGCGUCAAGCGUGGCGGCUCGCACAUGCUGGAAGCCUUGACCAAUGGCUUGGGCUGGGUGCACACCAUCAAUACAUAUCUGAAGGUGCAUUUGACCUAUGGCCUGGUAUCGCUGGACUUUUUCCAAAGCCUGCGCACCAUACGCGGCAUAACGCCGCUGGAAGAUCUUUAUGCGCUAUAUGUGCUGGAGAAUAACGAUCUGGAUCACAUAUGGGCGCCCAAUCAGUCUGUAACCAUUGGCAAUGCCAGCGUUUUCUUUCAUUUCAAUCCCAAGCUGUGCAUUGAAAAGAUUAAUCAGCUGCUGCCAAUGGUCGCCAGCAAGCCCAAGGAGUUCAACAAGAACGAAGUGGCAGAGGAUUCCAAUGGCAACAAGGGCACAUGCAACACCAAAUGGCUAAAUGUCACUGUUGAUCCGGACUCAACGCACUUUAAUGUGAACAUCAAUGCCAGCCUGGUGCACUAUGAUGAUGAGCGCAGCUUGAUUGGUUACAUUGUUAGCUUUGCGCUGGAUCCGUAUAAUAAUGUUACCAAGGAGAGCAUUGAGCCCUGCGAUGAUACCUGGACUGUAAUGGAUCCGGACAAGAGCACCAGCCAAAAGAUUUUAGCUACUGCAUAUACCUACUAUACGCUCUAUGUGCGCACCAAGACCAUAUCGAUGGAGCGGCGCAACUAUCAGAGCCAAAUGAUACGCUUCAAGACGAAGGCAGCGCAGCCGGAGAUGGUGAAGCGUCUGAAGGCGGAUGUGAAGAACAGCUCCAGUAUUUUGCUAAGCUGGGAGCGACCUGCGCUGGUCAAUGGCGUGCUGGACAAAUAUCAGAUACGUGCCGAGCUGCUGGUGCCGGAAAACAAAGCGGACAUGGGACGCAACUUUUGCCGCAAUCCUGAGGUCAGUGUGCAGGAGAAACAAGUGACCUACAUGAUGACGGACACGGAAAUGGAUGCGGAUGCCAAGCGCAGCGACGUUUGCAACUGCGCGCGCAGCAACAAGAACUCGCGCCACGACGACUCCGAGCUGAAGCGUCUCACCGACAUUGACUUUGAGAAUGCGCUGCAAAAUUUCAUCUACGUCUCGCGCACCAAGGUGGACAACUUCAAUCUGAAUAUAUCGCUGCUGGCCGUGUACGAGAAGAGCCACAGCGUCUCGGCCACAAAUGUCACCCAGUUGGCGCGCAGCAGGCGCCACUUGUACGAGCCGAGCGCUCAGCUGAGCAGCGUCAUGACGCGCAGCAUACGCGCCGUACAGGAAAAUGUGACGCACUCGUUUCCGCCAGUGCGACGCCUCAAAGUGCCGCCGGCCAACUGGCUGAACAAGACAAUGGAUGCGCACAAUCGUCACUAUGUGAACUUCUCCAUUGAGCUGGGCCCCAAUGUAACCGAAUUUGAGUUCACUAAGCUGCGCCACUUUUCCAUAUAUGCGCUUACGGUGACCGCCUGUCGCAAGUCGGAGGGUCCGCAGGACUAUGCCGAGCUAUGCAGCGACGCUUUGCCCUGGAAGAAGCGCACACGCAAGCGCGAUAAUGCGGAUGUGGCGCUGAAUCUGACGGGCAAUCUGGUCGAGGGCGUCAAUAGCACGCGCGGCAGCGUGCGCCUGCGCUGGCAGCCACCCACAGAGCCCAAUGGCGAUGUUGUUUCCUACACCAUUUUCUAUGAGCUGCAGGAGCAUAAUUCGUAUGGCGAGAAGCGCUGCUUUCCAGUGCAGGAUUACAAGAAUCAAAGUGAAUUUAUUGUUGCCAAUUUGGCGGAGGGUCGUUAUGCGUUUCAGGUGCGCGCCAAUUCGCUGGCGGGCGAGGGUAAUCUCACCGAGCCCAUCUAUGUGGAAGUGCCGCCGCCCAGCUCAGCGGACACCAUCAUCAUUUCCAUUGUGGUGAGCAUUGUGCUGCUCGUGCUUGUGGCUGCUGCCGUCUAUACGCUCUACCACAUGCGCAAGAAGCGUCAUCCGGGCGAGUUUAUAAUGAAUACGGCGGUGAAUCCGGCGUAUGCCAGUCUGCAGUACGUGCCCGAUGAUUGGGAAGUGCCGCGCGAGCGCAUCAUACAGCUCAGCUCGCUGGGUCAGGGCUCGUUUGGCAUGGUCUACGAGGGACUGCUGAAGUCGCAGGGCGCCGGCGAGGACACGCCCUGCGCCAUCAAGACGGUCAAUGAGAAUGCCACGGAUCGCGAGCGUGUGAAUUUCCUUAGCGAGGCGAGUGUCAUGAAAUCCUUCAAGACCUACCAUGUGGUGCGUCUGCUGGGCGUUUGCUCGCGUGGCCAGCCCGCGCUGGUGGUCAUGGAGCUGAUGAUCAAGGGCGAUCUGAAGUCUUAUCUGCGCGCGCAUCGGCCGGACGAGCACGGCGAGGCGCUUACGGCGUAUCAGCGUCGCAUUGGCUUCACCAACGAGACAAUUCCACAGCCGCCGACCUACAGUCGCAUCUACCAGAUGGCGCUGGAGAUUGCCGACGGCAUGGCCUAUCUCUCCGCCAAGAAGUUUGUGCAUCGCGAUCUCGCGGCGAGGAACUGCAUGGUGGCCGAUGAUCUGACGGUGAAGAUUGGCGACUUUGGCAUGACGCGCGACAUCUAUGAGACGGACUAUUAUCGCAAGGGCACCAAGGGCCUGCUGCCGGUGCGCUGGAUGCCGCCGGAGAGUUUGCGCGACGGCGUUUACUCCAGUGCCAGCGAUGUCUUCAGCUACGGCGUAGUGUUGUGGGAAAUGGCAACGCUGGCCUCGCAGCCCUACCAGGGGCUGUCCAAUGAGCAGGUGCUGCGCUAUGUCAUCGAGGGCGGCAUUAUGCAGCGUCCGGAGAACUGUCCGGAGCUGCUGCAUCGUCUCAUGCAUCGCUGCUGGCAUCACAGGCCGACGGCGCGGCCCACGUUCCUAGAGAUCAUUGCCUAUCUGGAGCAGUUGUCGGAUCCGCUGUUCAAGGAGGUUGCCUUCUACUACACGGAGCUGGGCGCGCAGAAGCGCGACAAGGAGCGCUUGGAGCGCAAUCCGCUGGAGCUGUUCGAAGGCGACAUGGAGGAUGCCACAACGCCGCUGCGCGUGGGCGAAUACGAUGCGGGCUACAAGUCCAACAUGGAGCACAAUGCGUCGCUGGAGCAGCCCGCCGAGAGUCCCAUUGCGCUGGUCGACGACGAGCAGACGAACACCCACAUGCCCUUUAGUCUGCACUCCGGUUUCAUUGUGAGCAGCACGCCGGAUGCGCUCAGCACGCUGCCCACCUCGGGUGGCUCGCACAUGGAGGAUGCGGCGUAUGUGCAGCCGGAUGCGGAUACGGACGCCGAGCGUGGCUACGAGCCGUACGAUCCCAGUCCACAGUUUGUGGUCAUGCCACACAGCGCGGGCGCCGGCAGUGGCAAACUGAGUGGCGAGCAGCAUUUGCUACCCAAGCUGAAGCGCGGCACCAAUCAAAUGAGCAACUCCAUGCCCGAGGAUGGCGUCGGCAGCGCCGGCACCGACGGCACCGGCAUCUUGGCGGCGGCCAGCUCGCUGCAGCCUUCGACUGCUUCAGCGGCCAGCUCGAAUGCCAGCAGCAGUGGUCGCAAUCCCAGCAUGAAGCGCGCCGUCGUGGACACGUUUCGGAAUCGCGGCUACAACUUCCUCAAUCGCUUCAAUCAUCGACGCAGCGGCAGCAAUGCGAGCCACAAGAGCAACGCCUCCAAUGCGCCCAGCACCAGCAGCAACACCAAUCUGACCAGCUGUCCCGCGGACAUGGCCAUGGUGACCAUGGGCCCACCCAAUCUGGGCACCAUUGAAAGCGGCGGCAGCGGCAGCGCUGGCAGCUACGCGGGCACGCCCAAUUUCUAUACGCCCACGGCCAGCACGCCCAGCGGACUGGGCAGCGGACGCAAUGGCGGCAGCUCGGCCAUGAUAAGCGAGAAUCCCAACUAUCAGAAAAUGGACGAACCGGCGCUGCAGCUGACCACCAGCAGUCUCAAUCCCAACUACGAGAUAAUGCAGCCAACGGGCAAUGCGAAUUCGAAUGCAGCAGCCACCAUAAGCGACAAUCCCAACUAUGUGCUCAUGGGUGAAUCACAGCCGGCGCCCAACAUCUACACCAGCAACAAUCCCAACUAUGCAGCGAUGCACUGCAGCAGCUCCGACGAGGCGGAGGACAACGACGAAGACGAUGAGCAUGACUUGCAUGGCGAUGAGCAGUCGGAGCGCAUGCCGCUCAGUCGACUGAAGCAGCAGCCACGCAUACGGCCGACGCAGCAGCAGCAGCCGCCGCGCAGUCGCAGCGCAAGUCGCACGCGCAAGGCAGAGACGCCGGUGGCGGCAGUGACGCCUACAGUGGCAGCAGCAGCAGGAGGAUUGCCUCAGGCUGGUCACACGUCCAACAUACUCAAGGAGAAUUGGCUGAGGCAGGCGAGCACGCCACGCCCACCGCCGCCCAACGGUUUCAUUGGACGCGAAGCGUGAAUAAUUUAGCGCGCAGCGUCUCUCACACCCACACACACACAUGCACAUGCAAAUGCAUACAUUAACAGCUUAUGUUAACAUAACAGCGCACUGUUAAACAAAUGUAAAUUACGCUUAAUAGGGCCGCCAGCAAAACUUUUGCCCACAGCCACGCCUCCUAAACUAAGCAUACACAUACACACACACACAGACAAACAAACACACACACACACAUACAGUCUUAAUUAUAGCAGUAAGCCUAAUUUGUAACUGUAUAUGUUUGUUAUGAUUAUAAUUAUUUUCGUAUUUAUUAAGUAUUUCUCUUAUAAUUUACUAGCGCAUACAUUAAGUUUAAAAGAAACGAAACAAAAACGAAAACAAAAAACAAACAAGUCCUACAUGCAAAUAACAAAAGUACAAAAGCCAACAACCAACCAACCUAAGUACCGUUAAAUAACUACAUACGUACACACACACACACACACAUACACACACAUAUAUGUCUAUGUAUGUGUUAAACCUAAACCUAGCUUAUCUGAUAAUUAUGUAGGAUAUAUUAAUUUUAGUACCUACCAAAACGCAAACGAAACAAAACAAAACAAACAAAAAAGAAAAUGAUAGCAGCAGCAACAAAACAAAACAAAACAAAAACAAUAAGCAAUACAACAACAACAAACAACAAAAACAACACGAAAUGUCUUCACUGAGUUAAUGUCACUACCAUUAAACAAAUUACACAAAUUACUCAC